AUUAAGAAUCGAGGUAACAAAUUCAAUUUAAAUCAGCAUUUUCUACCUGCAGAAAUCAUUCGUUUUAAACUCCUACAGUCCAGUUACAAUGCUUUGACAGAAAACACAGAAUUAGGAAAAGGUGUUUCUGCAUGUGUGGUUGGUUUUUAUCCAGCCAAGUGGGUGAAAAUGAAUGAAUUUGCCUUGGAAACGUCAAGCAUCUUUGGAUCCCUAAACAUACUGUCUCCAUCAGCCUCAGUAAACAGUGUUUUAUAUAUCGUUAGAUAUUUUUUCUGUUUGGACGAAAUUGUAUUUCUCAACUAGUCACACUCAAUUUUUAUUUUUGCAUUAGGACGUCAAAGUGGCAAAUCCAGCCUAAAAAAAAAGGCCCCAGCAUUCUCUGCAACUCCAACACGUAUCCGUUAUGACGAUGCAACUACACGUAAUAUCAGAAGAGAAGGUAUGCAAUUGUCUUGUUUACGUUCUAUAGAGUGUCGAUAUUAGAUAUAUAUAAGCAAUCAGUGAAGGCUGUUUUGCAUACAGUACACAAAAGACAACAUACAUGCAGCUAUUUCAGAAGUUCGAACAUGAUAUGGCCACGAUCAAAUGGGAGCCAGUUUUUACGUUCUUCCUAAAAUUAUGAAUGUUUGGAAGUUUAUCACUGCACUUUCCUCUAGUAUUUUUUGUGUGUUUUCAUUCAAUUUUUCAUUCAUGUUACACAAGCCGGACAAGUUUUGGUGCUGUUUACGUCUGGCGUAGAGUCAUGUUAUGCGACAAAACGUAUUCACAGAAACUAUAGUUGAGAACUUGUCCCGCAUUUCACUCUGCCGAACUUUUCAUCACUUGAUAUAGGCCUACCACAAAUGUAUAAAUAAAUGAAAGAGAAUGACAAAUAUUAGCAAGUGAAAUAUACAAGGAGAACAUGGACGUUUCGAGAGAAGGCCCUUCGUCUGGAACUUAGUAGGAUUUUCGCUCGAAACGUCAAAGUUCUCCUUGUAUUUUUUCAGGUAGUUGGAUCUUCAUCAAUCCGAAGCACUUUUAAACAUAACAUCGUUUUAUGUCUGAAAUUACGUUAACAUACCCCUAGCGUAUGCCAGCGUAUACAGGCGUACAUACACACAUACAUAUUUUAUUGCGGCGUUUCUCGAUGAGGCUUUUCGACACCAAUAUACAUGCAAUGCAGAUAAAUUUACGUAAAUUUGCGAAAUGAGCCACACAACUAUAGAACAUACAAUCUAUUCACUUCACUUUUAGCAGUAAUUUGGGUGAAUGAGAUGUCAUUUGAAAAACCUCAAAUCUGACGUCCAGACCAGCUAUUUGCCUAUUUCAAGUCCUUGCAGUUAGCUUCACUAGCUUCAAAGGCUCGGAUUGGAUUAAUAGAACAAACUUCUGACUUUGAAUAAAAAAUCGAGAAUUUCUAUUAUUUCAGACCAAAGCAAGAACACCGAUCAGACAGCCAGUUCCAGGGAUGACAAAUGUUCACUUUGUCUGCGUGGCCUCACAGAUAAGAAAACCUUAAGUAAAUGUGGCCAUUCAUUUUGUGAUGGCUGUAUUGACUGCUGGCUGUAUAAGAAUAAAUGUCCAGCUUGUCCACAAGUUUAUUGUCCUUCGAUUGGAAAUCAACCUCCGGGAAAGAUGACUGAUAGUGUUCAGUCAAUGCGUUUGCCCGGCUUUGAAUCUUGUGGAACUAUUGUUAUAGUUUACACAUUUGAUAGUGGCGUCCAAGGAGAAAAUCAUCCAAACCCUGGUCAGCGAUACACUGGAACACAGCGCCGUGCUUAUUUACCUGACAACAAAGAAGGGCGAAAGGUUCUUAAGCUGUUGAGAAAAGCUUUUGAUCAGAAACUGACUUUCACAAUUGGUCCGUCCUCCACAACUGGAACUAAUAAUGUUAUAACUUGGAACGACAUUCAUCAUAAAACCAGUGUGAAAGGAGGACCAACAAGGUAUGUCAGUCGAAAAGAGAUGAAAUAAUAACUAGUUUAAUUUUCAAUGACUUUCGUUUUGUUGUAAGUUCUUCGCAUUAGUUUACAAUUUUUUAAGAAUUUGUUAGUUCGACUUGAUUAACCAUCAAAGCACUGCUCAAACAUGCAUGGGAAUUAAUGAAAGUAUGCCAGAGCGAGUUUGCAUGAUAGUUUCUCUCAAUUAUUAGUUUUCUCAAUUAUAAUGUCCCGGACAGCAAAACUCUCGUAAGCCUGGAUCAAACAAGGAUGUCACGCGACCUUGGUUAGCUGUUCUUAAUGCUUUCCCAACACUACACUCUAAAAACUGGUGUGUAAUUUUGCACACCAAAUUGUGUAUAAAUACACACAUUUUCGAAAAAAAAUUCUUUUGCAAUAUGGAAGCCAAGGUGCGUAAUUAUACACACCUUGUAUACACAAUUACACACCUUAGGUGUGUACGAUUACACACCAUUGGGUGUGUAAAAUUACACGCCUUUGUAUUACACAUUAUAUUGAAAGAGGUAUUAGAUAACUAAACACAAUGGAUUAUACAAAAAAAUGUUCUCAUAUACGUUCAAUAGACCUUAUGCAUAAUGACGUCACAAGGCUUGAUGCGGAAAAUUUCGAUAGUGGCCAUUUUGAAUUGUUUAAUUUUCCCGGGCGAUGACUACUAAGACCAGCAUUUCUCGCGGGCUUCAAGCCUUGUGACGUCAUUAUGCAUAAGGUCUAUACUCCUCUAAGUCUCUAACUAACUAACUUACUUCCACUAACUUGCUUCCUUCCACUAACUUGCUUCCACGUUUUAAAAAACGUAAUUAGUGGAACAUUCAUCAAACCUUCAUUUUGUUAAAAUCUUGAGCGUGAAAUAAUUUGUGACUGCGAACUCGCAUCGACUCUCAUCCUCGUUUGACCAGGGCAUUGAACUCUCGUCAAAACUUGAACCAGCUCAAAGUUGAUUAGAGUGAAUGAGAGUUGAUGAGACUUGGCGGGAAAACGCGAGCGAGCUAGAGUUGCCGCUCUCGUUAACUCUCACCUCGUUUGCAAGGGUACGAUGGCUCCUUGAGGUGCAUCCAUAAAAUACUGUUCGCCAGGGACGCCGGAACGAUGUGAAGGCAAGGGGGCAGGUUUUCGUGAAAGGACGCUUUUGAAUUGAUAUAUACUAAGAGAUGUUUGCAAAACAUGGAGGCUUGAACUUCGGCUAAUCAUGUUUUCUAUUUAUUGAAUGAUAGGGGUGUGAGGGGGUUCUCCGCCAGGCGAUUGUGCUAUUCUUGAAGAUCGAUGACUGCAUUUCUUGCGUUUUCUGAAGAAAAUUCGCAAAAGAAUUGCGCUAACAUUUCUGACAAUUUACUAUUUCGCCAAGGCAAUUAUUUAAAUUAAAAGAACACCUUUGCCCCCCUUUCCCCUCCUGGUAAAGGGCAACGGGGGCGGCUGCCCCUCCCCCAGUUCCGGCGUCCCUGCUGUUCGCCAAUGUUCGUAUAGCCUAAAAUAUUAUAUAAUUGAGCCAUAUACAACAGUCAUAACAGUCAUUCCGUAGUUUUAUGCUCUUAAUUUGACUCAUAUAUAGUGCACUACACUAGUUGAUUCUAUUUUAGCUUUGGUUAUUCUAUUUUAGCUUUGGUUAUCCUGAUCCGGAUUACCUGAAGAGAGUUCAAGAAGAACUGGCUGCAAAAGGAAUUACAGAAUAA